AUUCGGAUCAGAAAAGUUAAAGGAUCACUUAAUUUUCGUCUAUACUAAACGUGUAAUUAAAAUUUUCUUAAAUAUUUUGUAAUAAAAAUUUUAUUUUGAUAUUUACACAUAAGGUGAAACUCGUAGUUGAAACGUCAAACUAUUGAUUUGACGAUCUGUCAAACUAUACUGUUUAUCCGCAUAUAUAUACAUAUUAUGCAGAAGUGUCUCAGGCGUUUUAUUCAGAAUUUAUUAUUUAAUACAUUCAUGACAUAAAAAGGAUAGAAAACAAUAUUACAUUUGUUAUCAGAUCUUGCAAUUGUCAUUAUUAAAUAAAUGAAUCAUUUUAUGAAGUCUUAAUUUCAGUACUAUAAUAUACAUAACCUAUAUAAAGGUUGCUGUUUGCAAGUUGAUUUGAUCAUACUGUGAUACAUUCCUUUUUAUUACAAAAACAUGAGUGCUUAUAACGUAAUAACAUCAGAUUUUGUAAAUGUAUCCAUUACUAACUCUGGUCACAACUCAUAUUGCAUAGAACGGCGAUUUCAAAAAGGAAUAACAAUUGAUGAAUUUAAAGGAAAAUUGGAACUUCUUACUGGUGGUAAUCCAACAACAAUGAAAAUUGAAGUAUAUGACAAAAAUGACAAAUUAAUUUGCAUAUUAGAUGAUGGUCAACGUUUAUUAGGUUCAUAUCCUAUCGACGAUGGAAUGCGAAUACAUGUGAUAGAUAAUUUUUCUCGUACUGAGGAAAAUUUAAAUGUAGAGAAAUUUGAAAUAUCUGAAGAGGAAUAUGCUAAAAGAUCAGAUACUGUAAAAGCAUUCUUGGAGAAAAAUAAACUAGGAAAAUAUAAUGAGGAAGAAAUGAAAAGAAGAGCAGAAGAAAAGAAGCAAGAAGAAGAAGCAGAAAUAGCAGCUGCACAGUUAUGUAAAGUUGGUGAUCGUUGUGAAGUUUGUGUACCAAAUCAACCAAAACGAAGAGCUACAAUAAUGUAUGUUGGUAAAACUGAGUUUAAAGAAGGUUGGUGGAUUGGAGUAAAAUAUGAUGAACCACUUGGUAAAAAUGAUGGAACUGUCAAUGGAAAAAGCUAUUUCGAAUGUUUACCGAAAUAUGGUGGGUUUGUGAAACCAAUACAUGUGAAAGUAGGAGAUUUUCCUGAAGAAGAAUUUGACUUGAAUGAAGAACUAUAAAACACAAACAUGUUUUGCCAAUCUGGUUUUCACUACAAAUUAUAACUGAAAGGCAAUUUAAAAUUAAUAAUAUUUAUUACACAUAUAAAAA